AUGUCUACCAAACCAUCCAUCCGAGUCAUUGGCUCAUUGAACAUCGACUUUGUGACUCUGACACCCAGGGUCCCCGGACCAGGCGAGACACUGUCUGCGACGUCCAUGACAGUACAUGCAGGAGGGAAAGGAGCCAACCAAGCGGUAGCAUGUGGUAAAGCGGCAUUCACGGCGCCUGGCCAACAAGACGUGUCGGUGUCAAUGAUUGGCGCCGUGGGUAAAGGCGACCCUUACUAUGAAUCGCUUCUGCGACCCACGCUAGAGAAGAGUGGAGUCAGCACCAGCCAUGUCCAGGAAAUCGAAGGCGUGCAAACCGGUACCGCCACCAUCAUUGUCGACGAGGGCUCGAAUGGCGAGAACCGAAUCUUGUUUGUGCCUGGAGCGAAUCAUCAAGUCACUGAUGUGGGAAAGGUGGUUGAGGCCGCCACGAAGGACGGCGUGCCUGACGUGAUUGUCAUGCAAGGAGAGAUUCCGAGGUCGACAGUUCUGGGGUUGCUUGAAACUUUUAACUCUAGCGACCACAAGACCGCCGUCAUCUUCAACCCAGCACCAGUUUUUACAGAGGGCAUCCCUCUUGCUUCGCUAAAAGACUUGGCCGUCUUGGUGGUCAACGAGACCGAAUGUAUCCUCGUCUUCGAAGCCGUACCGGAACUCAAGGGCACGGUGGCAGAUUUGCCACGACCAGAGGACAUCACACAGCAGCAUCUGGACGUCAUGACCGCAAUUCUGCACGAGCGAGCAAACAUUUCUAUUGUCGUGGUCACCCUUGGUGCCCGCGGCGUCUACUACUCGGCCAACGCCGGCUCCCAACGAGCACUAGUGCCAGCGGCCAAGGUGCAGAAAGUGGUCGACACCACCGGGGCCGGUGACACCUUUGUCGGCUAUCUCUCCACAGCUCUGGCUCGACAUAUGGCUACCCCGACCCCAGCUUUGGACCAGUUCGAUCUGAAAGCCGCCGUCAACACUGCCACCCAAGCUGCUGCUAAAUGCGUCCAGACCAGUGGAGCUAUGGAGAGCAUUCCAUUUGGCUACGAAUAGACUUGACAUACGUUUCUGGGAACCUUGGCAUCCACAACCACCCAGCGAGAAAUAAUGGCCCACUGCAAGCCAAAAGCCUCAAAUCGACAAGUAAGAGAGACCGCCAAGUAAACCGACCAGUACAGAACGAUAUAUUUUCAUUUCUGCUAUUCUGUGCAGUACGUGGAUUUUGGAGAGAGAAUCUACAAUUUACUUGGUUUCCAGACUGGCUUCCUCUUCUCUCUGAAAGCAGCAAGACCCUCUCUGGUGUUUUCACCCGUCAUGAGACCUUCCCUGAAGCGAGAGUCAACCAACUCAUAACCACGCUCGACACUAGCGGUUUCCCAUGCCUCUCUCAAACCGGCGCGGGUGACGAUGAUGGCAUCGGGAGAGAUGUUGGCGACCUUUGUGGCCAGAGCCACGGCUUCGUCGAUCAAACUCGCUUGCGACUUGGAGAUGCUGUUGAUCAGG